UUGCAGAACACCAGAUUCUAGAAUUCCUCCCAACCAACCGAACUCCUGUUACUACUGCCAGCCACUUCCUGAUUCCUGACCAACUAUACACGCACAUUCCAUUCACCCUAGAUUUUAGUUCGCAGUCACAGAUUCCGGGACCCUAAACGUCCUUCUCUUGCCAUAUCCUUCUGCCACGUAAUUUACCCGUGAAGGACAUUUCUUGAAGGAUCUUGCUGAGGACAUCUCGUCAUGGCGGGCCCAGGAGAGGGUCAAACGCCACCGCCUGCCGGCUUCAACCCCACGCUCCUGGUCAUCCUGGUCGUAGUGGGCUUCUUCGUGCUCUUCCUGGUGGGCCACGCCGCCAUGUACUUCUACGCGCAGAGCGUGCUGCCUCCAAAGAGGAAGAAGGCCGUUUCACAGAGGAAGCUCAAGCGGGAGCGACUCAAGCAGGGGGUUUCGAUUCCUGGUGAAUGAGGCAUGGCUGGAGGUCGCUUUCAGCUCUUGUAGUUCACCACAACUAGUGUAUACUUCGUUCUGGCAUGAAAUGAUGCUGUGAGUUGAUGCUGUGAAGUGAUGCUAGUAUUGUUAGUAUUUCCACCACUGACCGUGCUCAAGUGAUGCUAGUAUUUCCACUACUGACCGUUUUCAACAGGAUUGCAUCUGUCCUCAUCUGUACUGGUAUAAGAAAUGCACUGUGGAAAC